AAAAACCAUUAUAGUAAACAUUCUUUCUUCUGUUCAAGUUAAAUUAAGGCUAUAGGAUACUAGUGACAAUAGUUGGAGUAUACAUUUAGUAGUAUUCGAAAAUAUAUCACCGCAAAAUGGUUUCGAAAGUUUUAAUGAUAAGUUUCAUAUUAAUGCUGAUAGCUUUGCUUGUAUAUGUGAUUGGUUUUUCGACUCCACAUUUCGUUGAUAUUGAACAACCACCUUCCAAGAUUUAUGGUGGACUAUGGGUACGCUGUAUAUCGUUAAAUGAGAUAAAGAUUUGUACGGAUACAGCUGAUAUCCUAGAUUUAGGAAAUAAAGGAUGGUUUAAGACGUGCAAAGCAACAAGUAUCCUCGGGUUUAUUUUCCUUUUUAUGGCAAUCGUUUGUGCUGGUUUAAAACUGUGUGAUUUCUUGGAGAGGACAUAUAUCAUAGCUAGUAUAUUCAUGACAAUUGCCGCAGUGGUGUUCAUUCUUGUCGCUGUGAUAAAAUUCACACAGAAUGUGGAAGAAGUUACCGUAAAUUUACCUUACAAAUAUGGCUUUUCGUUUGCCUUAACAAUUGUCGGAAUGUGUAUUGCUGUAAUUGCUGGCGUCUUUAUGGUUGUGGAGUGUUUUAUGGGUGAACAUGCGGAAAUUAUUUAAAGCUACAUGUAUAUGUUCAAAACUACAGAACAAUUAUUUAUUGAAAAUAAUUUGUUAUUGAUUUUUCUAUUACCUCGAAACUGCAUACAUCAGACAAAACCAUUGUAAGAAAAAUAACAUAAAAUAUAUCAAUGUAGUAAGAUUAGGGUUUCCGCUGGCUGUCGCCAUUUUUGCAAUUUGCGAAAAAAUAAAAAUUGCUGCGAUUAAAAUUCGUCAUUUGCGAAAUAAUUAGGCUAAAGAAAUACAUAUAACUAUAUAUUUUCACCCAUCUUGUUUUUUUAACUUUUUUUCGGGUUUCUCGGACUUUACCGUCCUGAUCAGACAAUACUCGGAAUUCAUCUUGAACUCUUUCAGAUUUUGACAGAAAAUAAAUAAGCAGCUGAUUACAUUUUAUUGCUAUCGACAACAAAGGACUAAUUAACAAAGGUGUUGAUUGUAUUGUCUGACAAAAUGAUAUGUCUCGGUUAUUGUAUAGAAAGUUGUCUUUUUUUGUGUACAAAGUAAUUGCAAGGAAGAUAAAGGAUUACAAAUUUUA